CCAAGACAGAAACGAAAGAAAGAAGCAAAGGAGUGCAAAGUCUUCAUCUCGGAUGUAACAUGGGAGCUGAGACAAGUCGAAAAGCGAGAGAGAACUGAGUGGCACGAAAAGCAUAAAGCAUUCCAAAAUCCACAUUUUAACACCAUCACCCAAAACGUCGAUUGAUUCCCUGAAACGAACAAGAUAAAGGCAUCCUUGGCAUCCAUUCCAUUCCAUCCCUCUUUUAAGGUAAAGGCCACUUCUAAAGAGCCCCAUUCGGUUGUUUAGUCAAGGAGAGCGCCAAUCAAGAAACUAUUGCAUGGCCUCUGUGGCCUCUGUGGCAUAAAUGGAAGGAGAAGUUCAUGAGCGAAUUCUCCAAGUAUAUCAAAUAUUUGCAGGGGAUUGACCACGCUGUGCCAAUGGUGAACCCAAAUCCUCCCCGUCGUCCAGUCAUUUGUUAUAGGCCUAUACAACCAGCUGACCUUGAGAUCUUGGAGAAAAUCCAUACUGAUUUAUUUCCCAUUAGGUAUGAGUCCGAGUUUUUUCAAAAUGUAGUAAAUGGACAUGAUAUUGUGUCGUGGGCAGCUGUUGAUCGAAGUCGGCCAAAUGGUCAAAGUGAUGAACUGAUUGGGUUUGUAACUGCACGAAUUGUCCUUGCAAGAGAAAGUGAGAUAGGAGAUUUACUCAAUUACAACUCCUCAAAACCAGAUCAGACCUUAGUCUACAUUCUGACGCUAGGAGUUGUAGAAUCUUUCAGAAAUCUUGGCAUAGCUUCUGCACUUAUUCGUGAGGUCAUAAAAUAUGCCUCAAGUAUCCCGACCUGCAGAGCAGUUUACCUGCACGUCAUUUCCUACAAUAAUCCUGCCAUCCUUUUGUACAAGAAAAUGUCAUUUAAGUGUGUAAGAAGAUUGCAAGGUUUUUACUUGAUCAAUGGUCAGCAUUAUGAUUCAUAUCUGUUUGUUUACUAUGUAAAUGGCGGUCGAUCUCCUUGCUCACCAUUAGAGCUUGUCACAGUGACACUGAAUCAUAUGAGGAAUGGCUUAAUGUCAGUGUUUGGAAGAGUACGGAAGAAUGAAGAUAGGAAGUUGGUCUCGAAAUGGUCGAAAUGUAAAGAGAGCCAUAGCCUUAUAACGACAACACAAAGCAGGAAAAACCUGACAGCAGAAUGUACAGGGUAUGAAUGUGUUUGAUUUGUGUGUUUAUAUUUGGCAAGGAUUUCGUUGUUUGGAUCCAAUCAGUACUUAUCAGCAGGCAGAGAUAGAGAUAUACACAUACAGAGAACCGAAUGGAAGGAGAGAUGGUCUGCAGAGAGAACUAAGUUACGAUGAUGUAAGUUGAAGAAAAUCUCCUCUUUGCUGCCUUGAUCUCCUUCCGUGUACCUCAUUAUUUGAUGUUAGCAUUCUAGUGAUACCCUUGCCAUGGAUUAACGUUUGAACGUAAUAAUUGCUG